AUUCCAACUGACGUUGGACAACAAAAAUGGCGGCAGGAACCAGCAAUUACUGGGAAGAUCUCAGGAAACAGGCUCGACAGUUGGAAAAUGAACUUGACCUGAAACUAGUUUCCUUUAGUAAAUUGUGUACAAGUUACAGCCACAGCAGUACCCGAGAUGGAAGACGCGACAGGUAUAGUUCUGACACAACACCCCUUUUAAAUGGAUCCAGUCAAGAUAGAAUGUUUGAAACAAUGGCAAUUGAGAUUGAACAGCUUUUGGCAAGGCUUACAGGAGUAAAUGAUAAAAUGGCAGAAUAUACCAACAGUGCAGGCGUCCCCUCCUUGAAUGCUGCACUGAUGCAUACAUUACAGCGACAUAGAGACAUAUUACAGGAUUAUACACAUGAAUUCCAUAAAACCAAAGCAAACUUUAUGGCAAUACGGGAGAGGGAGAACCUCAUGGGAUCAGUACGAAAAGAUAUUGAGUCAUAUAAAAGUGGGUCUGGUGUAAACAAUAGAAGAACUGAACUGUUUUUGAAAGAACAUGACCACCUUCGAAACUCGGAUCGUCUGAUAGAAGAGACAAUAAGCAUUGCUAUGGCAACAAAAGAAAACAUGACUUCACAAAGAGGAUUAUUGAAGUCCAUUCAGAGCAAAAUGAACACUUUGGCCAAUCGUUUUCCUGCUGUGAACAGCCUGAUCCAGCGAAUCAACCUUAGGAAGCGGCGAGACUCACUCAUCCUGGGUGGUGUUAUUGGUGUCUGUACCAUCCUGUUGCUGCUGUAUGCUUUCCAUUGAUGGGACAUCUCCAGGACUCUUGGCAACCACUGCUUUCACAUCCUGAUCUGGGAAUGAAGACGGGAGGGAGAAGCCGGCUGUCCUGUUAGUUGGCCGAGCCAACAGAAUGAAGUCAGGACUGAUAGUGAUGGACUCUGACGUGGUCAGGUUGAGCUGAAGCCACGGUUUCCUGGACUAUCUUUUCUAACACACGUUUC